CAGCCACACCUGUACUGUUAACAUACACCCAGCCUGGUAGGCCAAACCUUUGUUGUCAUGACAACGUUCCCGCCUCUCGCUCGGCCAUCUUGUAUCGAGUCACGUCCGGAGGUAGCGUCACUUCAUUUCCUGGAAGAAACUUUUUGUUAAGAGGUAAAAUGAGUGGUUGUAGAGUCUUCAUUGGUAGGUUGAGUCCCCAUGCUAGAGAAAGAGACGUGGAAAAGUUUUUCAAAGGAUAUGGUCGAAUCCGAGAAAUUAACUUAAAGAAUGGCUUUGGGUUUGUGGAAUUUGAAGAUCACAGAGAUGCUGAUGAUGCAGUUUAUGAACUGAAUGGCAAGGAGUUAUGUAGUGAAAGGGUUACUAUUGAGCAUGCAAGAAAUCGCAGAGGAGGAGGAGGUGGAGGAGGAGGAAGAGGAGGAGGAAUGAUGGGAGGAGGAGGUGGUGGUGGAAGGUACCCUAUGCGCUUUGGUUAUCGUCAGUCAAACAACGGUGGACCUAGUAGGUAUGGACCGCCAGUUCGUACUGAACACAGAAUUGUUGUGGAAAAUCUUUCAUCUCGUGUUAGCUGGCAGGAUCUGAAGGAUUUUAUGCGAAAAGCUGGAGACGUAACCUAUGUGGAUGCUCACCGAAGUAACCGGAAUGAAGGGGUUGUUGAGUUUGCGUCUUAUACUGAUAUGAAGAAUGCUUUGGAUAAACUGGAUGGCACGGAGCUCAGUGGCCGUAAAAUAAAACUCGUUGAAGAUCGCAAAAAUACCAGAAGUAGAUCACGAUCAAGAAGUUACACCAGAUCUCGCAGCAAGUCUAAAUCACGUGGAUCUUCCAAAUCAGCAAGUAGAUCUCGGUCACGCAGCCGUACACCUGAGAAAAAAUACUCCCAGAAAAAUAAUGCUGCUCCAGUUCCAGGCUCCCCAUCUCCUCGCUCUUCAAAGCGCCAAUCCCGUUCAAGUUCUGCUGAGAGCCGCAAUUGAGUUGUGAUAUGUUGAUAUAAGUACUGGGUAAAGGCAGUGAAACCUUUCAGAUAAGAUAGUAGUUAAAGUUGAUAAACAUUAAGGCUUGGUGCUUUGUGACAUCCAAGCUUUAGAAUAGAUUUGAAGAAUCAGGAUUUAAGAUUUUCAAAACAAAUUCAAAUAGUAAGUUACCUUGUUUGUAAUGGUACUUUCCUAAGUAAAAUUGUAAUUUUGUUUCCUUGUAUACAUAUUAUUUAAAGUGACAUUCUAGUUUCCAUUUUUCUAGAGCGGUUAUGCCUCAGCAUUGUCACCAUUGUAAAAUUGCGGUGUAGAUUGUUUUUUGUUUUUUAAAAAAAAAAAAAAAAAAUUAAUAAAAGGAUUUUGUCUGGAAAGUUGUACCUGUUGCACAUCCUCAGCACCCGGUUGGGCCAUACAGACUUCCCUUUCUGCUUGGCAGUAUGUGAACAGCUCAAUUGGCCUCUUCUGUCUGCAUAGAUUAGUGUUGAGGGUAGGCAAAAAGUGUUCAUUCAAGAUAUAAAUGCUGCCUAGUAGGAAUGUGUGUGUGUUUCUAUACAUUUUAUUGCAGUGAGUAUUCGGCUUAUAGAAAAGUGGACUUGAAUGCCUCUUUAAUGCCAAAUUUUCAUUCAGUUGCUGUGUUGCUUUAAAAAUGAUUGUGAAUUAACAUUGUAUAUUCAGCUAAUUAAUAUGUUCAUUUAUGUUUCAGAAAUGGCACCAUAUUUUUCUUUUGAAUAGAAUUUAAAAGUAUACAUACACACAAGCUCUUGCUAGUGUUGUAAUGUGGCCCUAAAAACUUAUGCCUUAUGUGAUAAGAAUGUCAAAAUAAAAACUAAUCUGCAUACAUUUAAAAAUAAA